AUGGAGCCUAAAGAUCACUACCGCUGUUCCUCCGCCUAUGCGCAGCAUGAUCACCACCUCCUCCACCCAUGGCCAUGGUCUGCUGCAUCUUCCAGCCGCUACAACCACACCACGCCGGCCGACACUGCUCCCUACUCAGCCUCGUCGUUGAGCCGCACCGCCCCGCUCUUCGGACCGCAGCUUCAUUUCUUCGGCGGCGCCCUUGACGACAACGACCAUGCCAGCUACCGCCAGCGGGAGGAGGACAGAAGCAGCAGCAGCAUCGACAUUAUUAUGUCCACCUCCACCUCCACCACCACGAGCAGUAGUGAUUCUUCAUCAGCACUAGCGCCGGAGCAGCUGGCCCAAGUAAGGAGAGCGCCGCCGGCACAGACAGUCCAGGAAAUGCAACCCGACGUCGUGCUGGAAAAAGGAGGACCACCAAGCUGCAACAGCAGCCACCUGCAGGCGCCGCUGAUGAUCGGCGUGCGGAAGCGGCCGUGGGGCAAGUACGCGGCGGAGAUCCGAGACUCCACGCGCAACGGCGCCCGCGUGUGGCUCGGCACCUUCGACACCCACGAGGCUGCCGCGCUCGCCUACGACCAGGCCGCCUUCGCCGUGCGCGGUCCCGCCGCCGUGCUCAACUUCCCGGUCGAGCGCGUGCUAGAGUCUCUCCAUGCGCUGGGGCUCAGCACCGCCGCAGGGGACUCUCCCGUGCAGGCACUGAAGCGGCGCCACUGCAUCCGCAGGCGCUCGCCCAAGAGCAAGAAGACGGCGUCACCGCCGGGUAAGGAACAGACGACGACUAGUCGUGGCAAGCAAAAGCAGCAGCAGCAGUGCGUGAUUGAGCUGGAGGAUCUGGGAGCCGACUACUUGGAGGAGCUGCUCGCGUUAUCGGAUUCACCCAUUUAGAUACACAUAGAUUCGUGCUUAAUUGUGUCCAAAUCGAUAUCAAUGCAUGAAUCUGGUGCGCAUGCAUGCGGUAAAUCGGGAUCAAUUAUAUAGCUCCAUGGUUCCUUAAUUUA